AUGGGUAGAAUACUUCGACAACGAUCAGAACGUCGAAGAACUCUAGAUCAACAUCGACCUAACAGAAGAAAAGAGAACACAGUUGUGCUUCGCCAAGCAGAAUACAAGGCAAACAUCGAAAAAUACUACAACAAGCGAGUAAAAGAACGAGCGUUCAAAGUAGGUGACCUGGUAUUAAGGAAAAGCGAAGCCAACCAUGAGGAACCGAAAGGCAAGCUCGGACCAACUUGGGAAAGACCUUACAAAGUCAUGGAAUCCCACAUGAAAGGAGAAGAAAGAGAGGGGUCUCAGCCUACCUACGUAGAAUUUGGUGGAAGAAAAGGUGAAUCAAAGAAGAACGUCAAAGCUUUUUCAGAUCCUGAUCGGAUUCGACCUCAAAGGAGUUGCAACAAACUGGUACAAAUGUGGCCUCUACAUAUCCUUUUAAACAAGCUACUAAAAGUCGAAGGACAUGAUGAUCAUGAAGAGGUACACAAUAUGAGUUUUGCUGAACAAUACGAUUCCAAACCAUCAUUGAAAAAUAGGAACGUCAACAAAACAGUAUUGGGUCACUCGCACUUUGUUGAAGUCCCACAUAUAAAACAAUUACGAUCAUGGGAUUGUGGUCUUGCAUGUGUUCUGAUGGUUUUGAAAACACUUGGUCUCAACCAUUUUGAUAUUCAAGAUUUAGAGGAUCUGUGUUGUACAACCAGCAUUUGGACAGUGGAUCUGGCAUAUUUAUUGCAAAAACUUUCCAUUAGAUUCUCAUAUUUCACAGUAACUUUAGGUGCCAAUCCAGAUUUUUCAGUGGAGACUUUUUACAAGGAGCAAUUGGCUACUGAUAUCAAGAGAGUAGAUAUGUUAUUUCAGAGAUCAGUAGAAGAGGGAAUAAAGAUAGAGUUCAGGUCAAUUAAGGGAGAAGAAAUCAUCUUUUUAAUCCUAUCAGGAAAAUAUGUUGUGAUUGCCUUAGUUGACCAGUGUAUUUUGAGUAAGUCUUGGAAGGAGGAUGUUCAUAUGCCACAGUUUUAUAACGGCACUGCAGCAUACACAGGUCAUUAUGUUGUGAUAUGUGGAUAUGAUGCUCAUAAUGAUGAAUUUGAGAUCCGAGAUCCAGCCAGUUCUAGGAAAAGUGAUAGGAUCUCAUCCAACUGCUUGGAAGAAGCUCGUAAAUCCUAUGGCACAGAUGAAGAUAUCCUUCUGGUAUCGCUGGUAGAUACAGACAAUUAAAACAUGAAUUUGAUGAAUAUUUUUUGGUGGAUAAUUGGUCUGACCAUGUUUGUCAUGUAGAGAGUACAAUUGUUGUUUGGUGUUUGGUUUCUUGAAUAUUGUUGAUGUAUGCAAUUAAUUGAUCAUGUAGAGAGAACUUCAUUUGCACAUUAUGAAAUAAGUAUGAGAGUUUGAGUAUGAUGUAUCAUGUAGGAAGAUUUGGUAUGAUGUAUCAUGUAAUAUGGUUGAUAUAGUGUAAAUAAUAGGCUGUUUUUGUCUUCAUUGCCUUGUUAAUGUAUUUAUGGUGCCAUUGAGUUUAAC